AUGCUACAGAGCGAGUGUGGGUCAGACGCUGUAGAUGCCACAGAGAGAGUGUGGGUCAGACGCUGUAGAUGCCACAGAGAGAGUGUGGAGAAUGUCACAGAGAUCAAGACUAAUAUUUUUGUAACGAGCUUCGGCCCCGUUUCCGACACCGAGAUGGAGUACACCAUCGACGUGUUUUUCCGUCAGAGCUGGAGAGACGAGAGGCUGCGGUUCAAAGGCCCCAUGGAGAUGCUGGCCCUGAACAACCUCCUGGCCAGCAACAUCUGGACCCCGGACACCUUCUUCCUCAACGGGAAGAAGUCCAUCGCACACAACAUGACCACGCCCAACAAACUGCUGCGGCUGCGCGACAACGGCACCCUCCUCUACACCAUGAGUGGAUCCCUGGCCCUGUGCUCUCCCUUUGUGGAUCCCUGGCCCUGUGCUCUCCCGGCCCUGUGCUCUCCCUUAGUGGAUCCCUGGCCCUGUGCUCUCCCUUUGUGGAUCCCUGGCCCUGUGCUCUCCCGGCCCUGUGCUCUCCCUUAG